AUGGACAGCUCCCUCGCGAGCGCGGCGGCGAUCGCCGACCAGCGCCAGAAGAUCGAGCAGUACCGCCACAUCCUCGCCUCGGUCCUCUCGUCUUCCCCACCGGACAUCUCCCAGGCCAAGCGAUUCCUCGGUCACAUGGUGUCGGACGAGGUGCCGCUCGUUGUGUCGCGGCAGUUGCUGCAGACGUUCGCCCAGGACCUGGGGAAGCUGGAGUCCGACGCGCAGAAGGAGGUCGCCCACUACGCGCUCACGCAGAUCCAGCCGCGCGUGGUCUCCUUCGAGGAGCAGGUGGUAGUGAUUAGAGAGAAGCUUGCAGAGCUGUAUGAGUCUGAACAACAAUGGUCAAAAGCAGCACAAAUGCUAAGUGGGAUUGACUUGGACUCAGGAAUCAGGAUGCUUGAUGACACCAACAAAUUAUCCAAGUGUGUCCAGAUUGCACGACUCUAUUUAGAGGAUGAUGAUGCAGUGAAUGCCGAGGCUUUUAUCAACAAGGCUUCAUUUUUGGUCACCAGUAGCCACCAGGAAGUUUUAAACUUACAGUACAAGGUCUGUUAUGCAAGGAUUUUGGAUCUGAAAAGAAGAUUCCUGGAAGCUGCACUUCGAUAUUAUGAUAUCUCUCAGAUUGAACAACGCAAGAUUGGAGAUGAAGAGAUUGAUGAAAAUGCACUGGAGCAAGCUCUUAGUGCUGCUGUAACGUGCACAAUAUUGGCUGGUGCUGGUCCACAACGUUCCCGUGUUCUUGCUACUCUGUACAAGGAUGAAAGAUGCUCGAAGUUGAAGAUAUACCCAAUACUGCAGAAGGUUUAUCUUGAAAGGAUUUUGAGGAAACCAGAAAUUGAUGCAUUUGCAGAGGAGCUGAGGCCGCAUCAAAAAGCUUUAUUACCAGAUAGGUCGACUGUGCUUGACCGAGCAAUGAUCGAGCAUAAUCUCCUUAGCGCCAGUAAACUUUACACAAAUAUCAGCUUUGAUGAGCUUGGGACAUUAUUGGGGAUUGAUCCAAGGAAGGCUGAGAAGAUAGCAUCCCGGAUGAUUUAUGAGGAUAGAAUGCGGGGUUCAAUUGAUCAGGUUGAGGCUGUGAUACAUUUUGAUGAUGACACCGAAGAGCUACAGCAAUGGGAUCAGCAGAUUGCUGGACUGUGCCAAGCCCUGAACGACAUCCUUGACAGCAUGUCAAGCAAGGGAAUAGCUAUUCCGGUGUGA